AUGGCGCUGCAGUUCGGCGGGGCGGGCGCGGCGGGCGCGGCCGAGGAGCCGGCGUUGGUGGGGGGUAGCUUCGGGGCUGCGGACUCGUUCCCCAAGGACUUCGGCUACGGGGAGGAGGAGGAGGAGGCGGAGCUGGAGGGAGGCCCAGGGCCUGGAGGGCCUGGUGGCGGCGCGGGCGGGCCCGGCGGCGGCGCGGGCGGGGCGGACUCCAAGCCGCGGAUCCUGCUUAUGGGGCUGCGGCGCAGCGGGAAGUCCUCUAUCCAGAAGGUGGUGUUUCACAAAAUGUCUCCCAAUGAGACUCUCUUCUUGGAAAGUACCAACAAGAUCUACAAAGAUGAUAUUUCCAACAGUUCUUUUGUGAAUUUCCAAAUAUGGGAUUUUCCUGGACAGAUGGACUUUUUUGAUCCAACAUUUGAUUAUGAGAUGAUCUUCAGAGGAACAGGUGCUCUAAUAUAUGUUAUUGAUGCCCAGGAUGACUACAUGGAAGCCCUAACAAGACUCCACAUUACAGUUUCUAAAGCCUACAAGGUCAACCCAGAAAUGAACUUUGAAGUUUUUAUUCAUAAAGUUGAUGGUUUAUCAGAUGACCAUAAAAUUGAAACUCAGAGGGAUAUUCAUCAGAGGGCUAAUGAUGACCUUACAGAUGCUGGGCUUGAAAAGCUUCACCUUAGCUUUUAUUUGACCAGUAUCUAUGACCAUUCAAUAUUUGAAGCCUUCAGUAAAGUGGUACAGAAGCUCAUUCCACAAUUGCCAACGCUGGAAAAUCUACUAAAUAUCUUUAUAUCAAAUUCAGGCAUUGAAAAAGCUUUUCUCUUCGAUGUAGUCAGCAAAAUCUACAUUGCAACAGACAGUUCCCCUGUGGACAUGCAGUCAUAUGAGCUGUGCUGUGACAUGAUUGAUGUAGUCAUAGAUGUUUCCUGUAUAUAUGGGUUAAAGGAAGAUGGCACUGGAAGUGCUUAUGAUAAAGAGUCAAUGGCAAUUAUCAAGCUCAAUAACACAACAGUCCUCUACUUAAAGGAGGUCACAAAGUUUUUGGCAUUAGUUUGCAUUCUUAGGGAAGAGAGUUUUGAGCGCAAAGGUCUGAUAGACUACAAUUUCCAUUGCUUCCGCAAAGCCAUUCAUGAAGUCUUUGAAGUAGGUGUUGCCUCUCACAGAAUCUGCAACCAUCAAUCCAGCGCCUCCAAUAUGAAAGCAGUGACUCACAAUGGCACACCUAGGAACGCAGUCUAGAGGAGAACUAAAGAGGUUGGAUAGACUUGUCAGCUCUUCACUCCAAAGUUUUUGUGGGAGGAGAGAACCAGUAGUCUGAAAGCCUGAAGUAUGUUUUCACAGGAGAAGAAAAAGUGGAGCUAACUGUGAACCAGCGGCUUUGUAACUCGUGUUGGACAACUGAAACUACUGUAAAAAUACCUUGAGGCCAGUGGGGUUAGAAACACCAGGUUUGGAAACAGCUUUGU